ACGCAAACAUUUGUAGUUUAUGGGCUGUAUGCAAUUAAACUGACAUUAGACUCCGAAGUCCGAACCAAACCAACCCCCACCCUGAAUUUCAACUUCUUCUUCUUCCCCUUCCGAAGCCAAAAGGAUCAUUGAGACUCCGCAGCGGCUUGGUUUCAACUCUCCACAGCUCUCUUCUCACCCUCAAAAGGCCACAAGUUCAAAUAAAGAAUUCAAAUCUCGGACGCAGAAAAGAAAACGUCGACGGAAUCUUAAUCUCUCCAACCAUCAAAAGGCAGAGAAUACUUUUUAAAUAUUCAGUAAGCUCCUAAAUAAUGGUUGCUUCGUCUUCUGUCAUUAAAAAUGAUAUAGAAAUUAGAAUCAGCGGGGACUUUUCAUGAAGAAUUUGUGCAAUAUAUAUUGAAUGACUGAGAGCUGUUGAUUCCAUCUCCUCUUCUGCACAAGGAGGAAGAAACCGUACAUUCAUUGCUAGAGUAGAAGUAGAGAGAGAGAGAGAGGAGAUAGCUUAAACACAAAUUCAAGAGCUUACUAUCUUUUGUUCGUCUCCCAAUAACUCAAUUCUUAUAUUAUAUUUCUCUUUGUAAGCCAAUUCCAUUCAUUCGAUCCGUCCAAACAUGGGCGAAUCGAGUCUGCAAAUGGACUCUGAGCGUCUGAAAUUUGCUCUUCCAGUCGAUUCCGAGCUCAAGGCAACUGAAUUGAGAAUAUUCUCUGUGGCGAAACCCCACAUGCGAACCUUCCAUCUCUCUUGGAUAGGUUUCUUUGCUUGCUUUGUGUCCACUUUCGCAGCCCCUCCGCUCCUCCCUGUCAUACGAGACAACCUCAACCUCACCGCAACUGACAUUGGCAAUGCAGGGAUUGCAUCGGUCUCUGGUGCGGUCUUUGCCCGACUGGCCAUGGGGACUGCAUGUGAUCUCUUUGGUCCACGUCUGGCCUCUGCUUCACUCAUCUUCCUUACUGCCCCUGCGGUUUACUUAAGUUCCAUUGCUUCCUCUGCGACCUCAUUCCUUCUGGUUCGUUUCUUCACAGGCUUCUCCCUCGCCACUUUUGUCUCAACCCAGUUUUGGAUGAGUUCCAUGUUCUCCGCUCGGGUUGUUGGUUCCGCCAACGGUGUUGCCGCCGGCUGGGGAAACCUUGGUGGUGGGGCCACCCAGCUGAUUAUGCCCCUUGUAUACGACCUCAUCCGAGAUAUCGGUGCCACCCAGUUCACCGCCUGGCGCAUUGCAUUCUUCAUUCCUGCCCUGUUUCAAACUCUAUCAGCUUUCGCCAUCUUGAUAUUUGGCCAAGAUCUGCCGGCUGGAAACUUCAGGCGGCUACAGAAAUCCGGGGAGAAGCCAAAAGAUAAGCUCUCAAAGGUUUUCUAUCAUGGUCUCACUAAUUACAGAGGUUGGAUCCUGGCCUUGACUUAUGGCUAUUGUUUUGGGGUGGAGCUGACAGUGGACAACAUAAUUGCGGAAUACUUCUACGACAGGUUCAAUCUGAAACUGCAUACUGCCGGAAUUAUUGCAGCAACCUUUGGGUUAGCAAAUCUGUUCUCUCGACCGGCAGGAGGAGUUCUCUCCGACAUACUGGCAAGGAGAUUUGGGAUGAGGGGAAGGCUUUGGGGCUUGUGGGUGGUGCAGACAUUGGGCGGAGUAUUAUGUGUCAUAUUGGGGCGAGUGGGGUCUCUGGGUGCAUCCAUCACUGUGAUGAUUGCGUUCUCAUUUUUCGUUCAAGCCGCGUGUGGACUGACAUUUGGAAUAGUUCCAUUCGUCUCCAGAAGGUCAUUGGGAUUAAUAUCAGGAAUGACAGGAGGUGGUGGAAAUGUUGGUGCAGUUUUGACCCAAUUAAUUUUCUUCAGAGGAUCCAGAUAUUCAAAGGAAACAGGAUUAUUUCUCAUGGGUAUUAUGAUUAUAUGCUGCACUAUCCCUAUAUGUUUGAUCUACUUCCCACAGUGGGGAGGGAUGUUUUUUGGUCCAACAACCAAAGAGAAGAUCACAGAAGAAGAUUAUUACUUAUCUGAAUGGAGUUCCACAGAGAAAGAACAAGGUUACCAUUUAGCAAGCUUGAAAUUUGCAGAUAACAGUAGAAGUGAAAGAGGUGGAAAAGUAGACUCCGUACCCACACCCUCUGAUGGAACUCCACCAAUACAUGUUUGAAUAUACCAGAGUAUGUGAAGCCAUGCCAAAAUCCUCCAUAAGGCUUUGCAAGGAAAUUGUUUCCAGAAGGUGUAUGCAAGUCAAAUUUUCACUGUUUGCACUUUAGAUUUCAGAAUAGGACAUAGAUUGCAAGUAUUGUAAGUCGCGCAGAAAUCUCGUUGUGGUGAACUAGUAUUAUGAAAAUGUAGCUCAGUCUAUUGUUUAUAUGAGCUUUUAUUAGUUUUUUAUUUUGCAAUCCUCAUUGUUUUUUGAGUUUCUCAGUUUGUAAAACGAAAAUACAAUUAUAUGGCUUUCCAGAAGAAUGUCAAAAAGUAGCAAGAGUUGUAGCAAAUUGAUGAAGAAAGCAAGUAAGUGCAAAGGGGUUUGGCUUUUUUUUGUUGUUGUU